AUGCCUCUCAACGUUUUGAUUCUGCCCAAGCCCGAUGCAGUAGUGGCAGCUCGCGCGGCCACGGCCCGCGUCAAGGUGCCGUCUGAUGUUCUGACUCUGCACCUUUUCUGCGAUGCCGCGUACAAGGAAGGCAGUCGCAUUCGAAGGAGACGACCAGCGGCCGCACUAGCUGUUGUCGUCAACGUUUGGCAGCCUGGAGCCAUCGAGAGCCAGCGCACCUCGAAGGGUUGCUUCAUUCCCUGCGAUCACCCUGACGACAACAGCGUCACUGGCGAGGGGUUGGCCCUCGUCGAGGGAGCCUUUAUUGCCAUUGACCAGAUAGCAAAGCUGGAAGAGGCGUUCGUCAUCGGCCCUACUGACAAAAUCGAGGUUGUCCUCUGGUCAGAUUGCCAGAAUCUACUGAAGGCGCUGAGAAAGCGUGGCCAAGGUCCUAUGAUGACGAAGAGGCUCCUACACAUCCUCGACAUCAUUGAGCUCAAGAUUCUUGAGAUACAGGGUUGGAGGACGAACGUGUCUGUUCGGUUCUUCUGGUGCCCCCAGGAAUGCGUUGAGCCACACGCGGCAGCUGACGACCUGUCCAAGAAUGUCAGAAUGAACGGCCGCAGCGGCACACAGUCCAAUGCGCUGCGCCUGCUCCACGCCGUGUCUCACAGAGCCAUUCUUUCAGCGCUUGCCCAAGCACGCAAGCCUUCGGAAGAUUUGGACCAGAUUGAGGACGGCCAGAUCGAGGACGGCCAGAUCGAGGACGGCCAGAUCGAGGAUGCCCAGAUUGAGGCCGAACAGAGCAAGGUAAACCAGAGCAUCGACAUGUCCACACCUAUCCCUGACACCGCCUACUACUACAAUAUGUUCCGCUCAGCUGCACGUCACCGCGCAGCCUCGGAGAGGGAGAAGACGCUCGAGGGAAUCAAGUUGCAGGAGAUCGAGAAUUUGCUGCGCGCGGCGUGUCAAGGAUACAAGCUUGAGGAUCAAUCUGUCCCCCCUGAGGGCCAGCACAGCCGCGAAGGCUCUCCCAACGAGGAAGAGGACAAAUUCUACGACGCGCAGGAGACCGCAGACCAUGAGGACGAGGAUGAAUUCUACGAUGCGCAAGAGCCCGCAGACCGCGAGGACGGCGACGAUGCGGAAGUUGAGCUCGCUGUGCCUGGAGACGGAGAUGGAGUCCGAGUGAGGCGCCCCAGCCGCGUCCGCGCUUUGUGGAACUGGGCUCGCGGACGCCCACGUUUGUAA